AGGCCCAUUUCUACUUGAGAAGGUUCGGCCGUUGAUCGAUGCUUUGUGGAGAGAUGGAGAAAGCGCUGAGAGUCUAUGGUGAGGUCCUCAGGCUGGUGAGGCUGUUGCCGAAAGACACCAGGCCUUACUACGCCAAGUACCUCCGCGAAAACUUCGUUAACUACAGAGAAGUCGACGCCAACGAUUCAAAUACAAUCGACGAGCUCUUCCAUCGCGCUUACAACCACUCCAUCUGGGUGCUCAACAAGUAUUCGGUGGAUCAAUCGGCCGCAGAUAAGCUGAAGGACAUCUGUUACGGGUAGUGGGUACGCGUAUGUCUACCACAUGCUUGUUUGUAUUCCUCAAAGGGCGCUAGCCCACUUUCCUUCUCAGUUUUGCAGAUUGCUGCUUAUAUGUCUUCUGACAAGGGGUGGUGUUUCUAUUGCAUAAUGUUUUGAACGUAUGUGUUUGAAGCAAAUUGUGAUAUAUCUUUUUUUUUUUGUUUUGGAAAAU